AUGAAAAAUGACAUUGGGAUUUUGAUGGCUAGAAAGUCGCAAUUGUCAAUAACUGAGUUGGCAGAGUCUCUAUUUUCUCGGGGAACACUAGAGAAUUCCACCAUCCAGGUCACUGAGAACCUGGUUUUCGACUGUCACUGGAUCCUUUCUGGAGUGUGUAUUGUGUUUGAUCUUUCACAUCUGUGGCAUUUUGGAAGAGUCCUGGUCAGAUCCUUAUCAAACAGACGAUAUACAGAUAUUUUUACCAGUUUUACAGCUAAGUGUAUUAAGAUGGAGCCACAGGAGCCAGACACACUACUUGAUCUUGCUAUGCAGACUGUGGUGAAAAAUGAGUCUGUAGCAUUACGUGCAGUUGAAGAGAUACCACGAGAACUUUUUAUUCCAUUGUUCAAUGUUGCUUUCUCUGGUGGGCAUAAGAAUAUAGUGAAGGCAAUAGGUUCCCAAACUGAGGAUUCUAGAUUUAAGGCAGAAUGCAGACUAGUUCUGUCACCGCAAUUGGCUUACUUGCAUCUGAAUUUUUGUGACCUGACUAACAAAGACUUUAUUUACUUCUCUGAAAGCCUUAAGGCCCGGCACUUAAAGCUAUUGAAUCUCAGUAAAAACCAGAUCUCUUGGGAAGAUUCUCUACCAUUACGGAUUCUUCUGGACAAUUUAUCUGGUACCCUGCAGCAGCUAGAGAUGAAUAAUUGCCUUAUUACAGAUUUAAUUCUCUCUGAUUUUAUACCAUCCCUAAGACACUGUUCCCACCUCCGAGUCUUAAGCUUGGCCUGUAAUCCCAUUACCAUGCCUGUUCUCAGGAGCCUUUUGCAGAACCUAACACCCUUGACAGAGCUAAAGUAUGUGAUUUAUCCCGUUCCUGUACAUUGCUAUGAACAGUGGCAUUUGCGCAACAGUUUGGACGAAGAGAAGCUGGCUGAAGUAAAGUCAGAAAUAAGGUGUAUUAAUAUGGAUCCAAAGAACCCAGGAACACUGCUUGACCUUGCUAUACAGACUGUGGUGAAAAAUGAGUCUGUGGCAUUACGUGCUGUUGAGGAGAUACCACAAGAACUUUUUAUUCCACUGUUCAAUGCUGCCUUCUCUGGUGGGCAUACAAAUGUAGUGAAGGCAGUAGUAAGUACUUGGCCCUUUCCUUGUCUCCAUGUUGGGGCCUUGCACUUGCCAGAGCCAUACUGUGACAUCUUGGAAGCCAUGCUUGAUGGUCUUCAGUUCCUUCCUGUUCGCAACUCUUCUUCUCGUGUGCCUAAACUGAGGAUUCUAGAUUUAAGGCAGAAUGCAGACUGCAUGACCACAUGUUCUGGAAUUUCAAACAAAUUUCCUUUCUGUUUUGAGGCUUGUGCUUACUCUAAGAAAUCUAUCGGGAAAAAACAAGGAGCCCAUGAUCAACUUGUAAACUUGGAGGCUCAACCAUCCCGAAUACCAAUGGAAGUUUUAGUGGACCUAUAUAUUGAUGGUGCCUGGAUGACAAGACAUUUUCUUUCUGUUCUAUAUAAUAAAGUUGAGCACAGUUUGGGGUCUCUGCACCUCUGCUGUAGAUAUUUGCAGGUUGAUAAGAUAAUGGACUACAAAAAGGCCCAGAAGAUUUUGGAUAUGGUGUGCAUUGAUCACUUAGGAGUGGAUGAAGCUUCUCUGAGUGAAGUCUGCAUGAUUAUACCUGGGAUGGUCCACCUUACUAGCCUUAAUCUAUAUAAAAUUAAAUUUAGAUCUUAUAAGAAAAAACCUUUCAAAAUGUUUCUCUCCCAUCUCAGCCGGAUGGAUGACCUCCAGGAGCUCUUCCUCUCUUACUUCUCCCUGAAAAACCAUGUUCAUAAAGUACUCAGAGUACUGUCACCUGAGUUGGACUCAUUGAAUCUGAAUUUUUGUGACCUGACUAACAAAGACUUGCUUUCCAUGUCCCAGAAACUUCAAGAUAGAAAUAUAAAGCUAUUGAAUCUCAGUCACAACCAGAUGUCGUGGGAAAAUUUCCAACCAUUAAGGAUUCUCCUGGAGAAUCUAUCUGGUAACCUGCAGCAUCUAGAGAUGAAUAAUUGUCUUAUUACAGAUGUAACUCUCUCUGGUAUCAUACCAUCUCUAAGAUCUUGUACCAGUCUCCGAGUUCUUACCUUGGCCUGUAAUCCCAUUACCAUGGCUGUGCUUAGGAGCCUUUUGCAGAAUUUAACACUACUGAUGAAGCUGAAGUUUGUAAUCUAUCCAAUUCCUAUGCAUUGCUAUGAUCAAUGGCAUUUUCGUGACAGUUUAGACGAAGUGAAACUGGCUGAAGUGAAGUCAGAAAUAAGGUCAAGGCUCCGGGCAGCACAACGGUACAGAAACAGUAGCCAGUUUUCUGGAGGGAGAAGUGGGAGUGCUUCCAAUGGUAAUUUUAGGAGGAGGAAUGGUCAUCAUACUGGGUAUGCUUCUCCAGCUUCCAACUUGCAAAAUGAUGACGGAAAUGUGGACAUGUUUCAGAGCCCUAAUGACCCACAAAGCAGACGCCCGCCUUAUGCCAACCAACAGAACAGGUGGAGAAGCAAUUGGCAUAAUGGAGACCAAUUGGACAACGCUGCAGGGAUGGAUAGACAACAUGGAGAGGGAGCGAUGCAACAGGACAUGGUAAAAGGAGCAAUGCAGGACUGGUUCAUGGUCAAGAUCCCCUGUGGGAGAAGAUAUGACAAGACAUGGCUAAUGAAUUCAAUCCAGAGCUACUGCAGUGUGCCCUUUACCCCAGUCGAUUUCCACUAUGACAGAAGUUGGGCCCAGUUUUUUGUCGAGGGUGCCAGUGUUGCCGAGGCACUGAGGGAGAUCUGCUACAAGAUCCGUGGUGAGAAGAGUCAAAAGGUAUCUCUCUUUGUCUGUCCUUCUUUUGUACCCUACUCAGUGAGGUACAAGUUUACGGACGAACAAAUAGAGCAGAUAAAGCUGACCAUGAAGAAACGAUACGAUAUCGAAGAGCAAGCUCUGGACCUCCAGAAGCUCCGCUUUGACCCAGAUUUGAUGGACCAUGAUAUCGACUUCGUCCUGAAUCGAAGACACUGCCUGACCAUCGCCGUGCAGAUCAUUCAAAACAGUUUCCCUGAGCUGUCGUACUUGAACUUGAGCAACAACAAACUCUAUCGGCUGGAUGCCCUAUGUGACAUUGUAGACAGUGGCCCCGAGAUCAGGAUUCUGGACCUUUCCCGAAACCAGCUGAGGUCAGUCUUAGAGCUGAACAAGGUAAAAGGGCUGAAGCUGGAUGAGCUGUGGCUAGACGGGAACCCACUGUGCAGGACCUUCCAAGACCAAUCUGCUUAUCAAAGGGCCAUCCACAAUUACUUCCCCCAGUUGUUAUGGCUGGAUGGCCAGCAAUUCAACCCACCCGUUGCCCCUGGCACUGAUGCUCGCUGGUUGAUGAACCCCAGCAGGCAAGAGGAUGCAGAUGAGGAUCUAAAGGAGAGAGUUUUACAGUUCCUGAAGAAGUAUUACUCUGUCUAUGACAGUGGAGAUCGUCAGAAUCUCCUCGGUGCUUACCAUGAUGAGGCCUGCUUCUCUGUGUCUGUCCCUGCCAGUGCCGGCAACCCAGGACCGAGCUGCUUGAGCCUGUACUUCAAGCACAGCAGGAAUCUGAACACUCUUAAGGACCCCUAUAUGCAGCAGAAGCUGCUGAAACACAGGAAACAAGACAUUGUGGACUCCCUCUGUUUGUUGCCCAAAACCCAGCAUGAUCUCAGUUCAUUUAUAAUAGACAUGUGUUUCCAGACGGAAAAGAUGAUCUGCUUCUCUGUCAAUGGACUCUUCAGGGAAGAAGCAGGGGGAAAUUCACAGGACUCUAUCCGUGCCUUCACUCGGACCUUCAUUGCUAUCCCUGGCAGCGGAACAAAUCUGUGCAUCAUGAAUGACCAGCUGUUUGUGAGGGAUACCACCUCUGAGGAGGUCUCAGGCAGCAUCGCGUCCCUCGUGGGUCCCAGCCCGAGGCCCACCCUCUCUCAAGUGCAAUGUGAAAUGGUGCAGACAUUCUCCAUCCAGUCUGGGAUGAAACUCGAUUGGUCUGAGAAGUGCCUUAUGGACAAUGCAUGGGACUACAACAGAGCUGCUCAGAUCUUCAUUAAGUUCCAGAACGAGGGCAAGAUCCCACAGGAGGCCUUCAAACCAAAGCCCUAAAAGGAGGCCUUGGAUGUCAUCUUCCUCUUCAUUCACAUAGUGGGCUCUCUCUCCCUCUCCCUCCCUCCCUCUCCCUCUCUCCCUUUCUCUCCCUCUUCUCUCCCUCCUUCCCUCCCUCCUUCCCUCCUCCCCCCCCUCUCUCUCAACUGUGACUGGAGUUGGGGGCCUUUUUGACCAUGAAGCUAAAGUUACCUUACAGGCCAGCUGACAUAACUUCCCCAAGGGCCAACCGUUGUCCUCCCUAUUUUCCUUAUUGAAGUUGGCUGUUUGUUCUGAC